AUGGACCAACAACAACUGGAACAUGGAGCUGAAGGAGUUCAAAUAAAUAGGAAGGACCUUGGUGGAGUGAGUCCUCCUCAGAGGAACUGGAAGGGCAUCGCCAUCGCUCUGCUGGUCAUCCUGGUGGUGUGCUCCCUCAUCACCAUGUCUGUGAUCCUGCUCACUCCAGAUGACAAUCAGGCUGGCAGUGACACUAAGCUGACAGUGGAGGACCUGUUCAAACCGGAGUUCAAAGUUCACGACCCCGAGGCCAAAUGGAUCAAUGACUCUGAGGUGAUCUACAGAAACAGCGAUGGACACGUCAUCAAGUUCAACAUCCUCACCAACGAAACAGACAUCCUGCUGGCCAACACCACUUUUAUCAAUUUCAACGUGGCCAAGUACUCCCUCUCUCCUGACCUCAAAUACGUACUGUUCGCGUACGACGUCAAGCAAGUUUAUCGGCACUCCUACAUGGCAUCCUACAGUAUCUACAACAUCCACACAAGGGAGGUUUGGGCACUGGACCCUCCGGAGGUCGGGAACUCUGUGCUGCAGUACGCGGCCUGGGGAGUACAAGGACAACAGCUGAUGUACAUAUUUGAGAAUAACAUCUACUACCAGUCUGAUGUGAAGAGUAACUCACUGAGGCUCACAUCUUCAGGCAAAGAGGGCGUCAUCUUCAACGGCAUCGCAGACUGGCUCUACGAAGAGGAGAUCUUGGAGACCCACGUGGCUCACUGGUGGUCCCCCGAUGGAGAGAGACUGGCCUUCCUGGUCCUGAACGACACUCUGGUCCCAAACAUGGUCCUGCCUCGCUUCACUGGGACCACCUACCCCCGGGGCAAGCACUACCCCUACCCCAAGGCAGGACAGCCGAACCCCGCAGUGAAGCUGUUUGUGGUGAAUCUGUACGGACCCACCCACACUCUGGAACUGAUGCCUCCAGAGAGCCUCAAACUACGGGAGCAUUAUGUGACCAUGGUGAAGUGGAUCAGUAAGACGAAGACCGCAGUGCGAUGGCUGAACCGGCCUCAGAACAUCUCCAUACUGACUGUGUGCGACACCACCACUGGGGCCUGUGUCACGAGGCACGAGGAGAGCUCUGAACUUUGGCUGUCAAAGCAGACGCAGGAGCCGGUUUUCUCUCGGGAAGGCAACAGGUUCUUCCUCACUGUCCCGGUCAAACAGGGAGGAAGAGGGGAGUUCCAUCACAUCGCCAUGUUCACUACACAGUUCAGAGCAGAUCAGAACGAAGUGCGACAUCUGACAUCAGGAAACUGGGAGGUGACCAGGAUCGUGGCUUACGACGAAAACUCCGACAACCUUUACUUCCUGAGUACAGAAGGCUCUCCACGCAGACGGCAGCUCUACAGUGUAAAAACAGUGGGUCUGUUUCCACGGCGAUGCCUGACCUGUGACCUGAACAAGGCUCACUGUCUGUACUUCGACGCAGACAUCAGCCCCUCCCACCAGCACAUCAUCCUGCACUGUAAAGGACCCGGAGCUCCGACUGUCAUCCUGCACAGCCUCAAUACAUCAAACUACUACAUCCUGGAGAAUAACUCUGUUCUGAAGGCCACUCUCAGAUACAAGAGGAUCCAGCUGACUGAAUUCAGAACUGUGCCCAUCGAACAUUUUGAUUUACCGUUGAUGAUCUCAUACCCACCAGACUUCUCAGACUCAAGACACUAUGGACUCCUGUUUAUCAUUGACAGCGCCCCCGGUGGUCAGGCGGUGAGUGAGCUCUUCUCUCUGGGCUGGGACUCUGUGCUGGUCAGCUCCGACAGUGUGAUCGUGGCUCGUCUGGACGCCCGGGGCAGUGGAUUCCAGGGACAGAGACUCCUCCAUGAGCUGCACCACAGGCUGGGCACUGUGGACCUGCACGACCACAUCACUGCCGUGGAGUACAUGCUGAAAUUUCCAUAUAUCGACCGCACAAGGAUAGCGCUGUUUGGGAAGGGUUACGGCGCGUACCUGGCCUUGAUGCUGAUGAAGUCCACAGACAGUCUGUUCAAAUGUGCCUGCGCCAUGUCCCCUGUGACAGACUGGAAGCUCUAUGCCUCCGCCUUCUCAGAGCGAUACCUGGGUUUACCGCUACGAGACGACAGCCGAUACCAGUUUUCGAGUGUACUGCAGAACGCCCAGGCUUUCCGGGAUCAGACGCUGAUGCUGGUGCACGGGACAGCAGAUGCGAACAUCCACUUCCAGCACACUGCCGAGCUGGUCAAAAACCUGGUCAAAGUGGGAGCCAACUACUCCAUGCAGAUCUAUCCAGACGAGGGCCACUUCCUGUCCGAGGUGAGCCAGCUGCACCUGUACUCCACCCUGACCAGCUUCUACAGAGAUUGUCUCAAAGAGGAGCUGCUACCACCGUCCGACGAAGACGAGGAGGAGGAAGAGUGA